AUGGUGCUGAACUGGCACGAAAAGAAUAUUGAAUACAUGUUUGGCAUUGUUGGUAUUCCAGUCACUGAAAUCGCAAUUGCAGCCCAAGCAGCUGGAAUAAAAUACGUAGGAAUGAGAAACGAACAAGCUGCCUGUUAUGCUGCAUCUGCUGUUGGAUAUUUGACUGGCAGACCAGGAGUAUGUCUUGUAGUGUCCGGUCCAGGUUUUUUACAUGCCCUUGGUGGGAUGGCAAAUGCAACCGUGAACUGCUGGCCUUUGAUUGUUAUUGGAGGCUCUUCUGACAGAAAUCAGGAAACCAUGGGAGCUUUCCAAGAAUUCCCACAGGUUGAAGCUGGUAGGCUGUACAACAAACUGUCUGUCCGCCCAAGCAGCCUAGAAGUUAUUCCUGUGAUGUUUGAGUGAGCUGUAAGAACCAGCAUAUAUGGUCGUCCAGGUUCCUGCUAUAUUGACAUACCUGGGGAUUUUGUGAAUCUUCAGGUGAAUAAGAGCUCUGUCAAGUACAUGGAAUGCUGCCUGCCACCUCCCGUCAGCAUGGCUGAAUGCUCUGCUGUAUCUGAAGCAGCGUCUAUCAUUGUUCAUUCCAAGCAGCCUCUGCUAAUCAUUGGCAAAGGUGCUGCUUAUUCACAUGCUGAAAACAACAUCAGAAAGUUGGUGGACCUUUGUGGACUGCCUUUUUUGCCUACACCAAUGGCGAAAGGAGUAGUUCCUGAUAACCAUCCAAAUUGUGUAGCUGCAGCAAGAUCAAUGGCAUUACAGCAUGCUGAUGUAAUCGUCUUGCUUGGUGCAAGGUUGAACUGGAUUUUGCAUUUUGGUCUUCCACCAAGGUUUCGACAAGACGUAAAGGUUAUUCAGAUUGAUAUUUGUGCAGAAGAGCUGGGGAAUAAUGUGAGGCCAGCUGCAAUUUUAUUAGGUGACAUAAACGCCGUGACUAAGCAGCUCUUAGAAGAAUUCAGCAAAAGACCAUUGAAAUAUCCUUCUAAUUCAGAGUGGUGGAAGAGGCUAAGAGAGAAAAUAAAGAACAAUGAGGAAAGAUCAAAGGGAUUAGCAUUACAGAAAUCCCUGCCUAUGAAUUAUUACACAGUCUUUCAUCACAUCAGAGAACUGAUACCCAAGGACUGCAUCUUAGUAAGUGAGGGAGCAAACACCAUGGACAUUGGACGAACUAUGCUUCCAAAUUACCAUCCCCGUCAAAGACUUGAUGCAGGUACUUUUGGAACGAUGGGAGUCGGACUGGCUUUUGCUAUAGCAGCUGCAAUGGUAGCUAAAGACCAAACACCUGAAAAGCGAGUCGUCUGUGUAGAGGGAGACAGCGCUUUCGGAUUUUCUGGGAUGGAGGUGGAGACUAUUUGUAGGUACAACUUGCCAAUCCUGAUUAUUGUAGUAAACAACAAUGGGAUUUACACUGGUUUGGAUGCAGAUGCCUGGAAGGAGAUGUUAAAGUUUGGAGAUCCUGCUACAUGUGUACCUCCUGUUUCUCUCCUGCCAAAUUCACACUAUGAGGAAAUUAUGUCUGCCUUUGGAGGUAAAGGAUACUUUGUUAAAACACCAGAAGAAUUGCAGAACGCCCUGAAAGCAAGUGUCACUGACAAGCAAACACCUUCUCUUAUAAAUGUAAUGAUUGAUCCACAGUCUGAGAGGAAGAAACAGGAAUUUCCCUGGCUGACUCGUUCUAACCUGUAGCAGAUGAUGAAGAUAAUGGUGGUGCAAGGCAGUGCAUUAAGCAAAACUGAAUUGGUUUCCAGAAGUGGAACUGGUACAACUCUCUUUUACAUAAGCAUUGGAACAAAGUGGGAUUUUAGAACUGCUAUUAGAGGAAUCUUUAAAUGCUGAAAUUAAGUGAUUGUAAAAUGAACAAGACAUAUGAAUGUAUACCAGGCCUUCUAGCAGAUUGUACAGAAACACUGAUGAUAAAAUUGCAUGCUUUUUCUUUUACUCAGUCAUACCCAUCAAGAUUUGUGAAUUAAAAUCUUGGAUGUUCUGGAUAAAGGGAGUAAGCUGAGGCUUUUAUACUGACAGAAACAUAGAAGUCUUUGGCAGUCUGCAAUUAUAGUAACUUCAUUUUUAACCGACCACCAGCAUGCUACUUGUUGGAGACUUUGUCCUGUAAGGACCGAAACAAAGCAUCUUGUUGUGAAGAAGUGCUGAUUUGCCUCAUUAUGCAUUGAAGCCCAUUGGGUUGAUAGUCACUUCAUAAUUUUACAGGUUGCCUUUUCAGCUUCUACUGCAUGUAGAAGUAGUGUAUUAAAAAUGCAGAUUUACUCAAGGGCUGAGUUUGUCUAUUGCAUUUGGUUUUGUUAACUGGGACUUACGGUGCUUGCAGGAAAAACAAAAUCUUAGAUUUUGUUUGAAGCUUUGCUCUUUGCAAAGGCAUAUCAUCCCUGUAGGCUGAAAACAGGACUGGAUUUAUUAGUGAGAUUUCCAGGAUUAAUAGAUCAUAGAUCUUUCUAAUCGGAAGCAUUUAAAAAAAAAAAAAAAAAAAAAAGGAACAAAAAAAGACCAAAACAAAAAAAAACCCUCACCAGAACAAACAAACAAAAAGUGUUAGGCUGGAGCUUAAUGU